AUGACGGAGAUGAACGCUACCCCUUCCUAUGACAUCAAUGCAACAGAUGCCACUGGAAAAAAUGUCUCUUUGUAUGAAGAUGAUGACGAGUAUGAUGAGCAUGUUGAGCUGAGACAGUCUCUCAACAUCAUGUCCUUGAUUGUUUACUGCCUGGCCUUUGUUCUCGGUGUGCUCGGGAAUGGAGUGGUUAUCUGGGUGACCGGGUUCAAGAUGAAGAAAACAGUUAACACUGUUUGGUUCCUCAACCUUGCUGUGGCCGACUUCCUUUUCACAGCGUUCCUGCCCCUGAGUGUGACCUACACAGCUCUGGAUUUCCACUGGCCUUUCGGCAAGUUCAUGUGUAAGCUGAACAGCACUGUAAGCUUACUGAACAUGUUUGCCAGUGUCUACAUUCUGAUGGUGAUCAGCGUGGACAGAUGUGUGUCUGUGGUGUGGCCCGUCUGGGCCCAGAACCACCGAAGUGUACAGAAGGCGUCUUGCAUGAGUCUGGGUGUUUGGGUACUGGCUCUGAUUCUUAGCGCUCCAUACUUAAUCUUCAGGGACACUGGGCCAUCACGUAACAAUGAUGACAUCAUCAACUGCUUCAACAACUUUGCCUUUUCCAAUGAUUAUGAAACACCGUCUGUGAAUCAGCUACGUCAGUUUCGACAUCAGGCCAUGACCAUCACCCGCUUUCUCCUGGGAUUUGUUGUCCCCUUCACUGUCAUUGUCUCCUGUUAUGCUGUAAUUAUCCAUCGUCUCAGAAGAAACCGCACCCUGGCCAGCCAGUCAAGUCGCCCCUUUAAGAUCAUCGCUGCUGUUAUCACCACCUUUUUCCUGUGCUGGGCUCCUUAUCACAUCAUGGCUCUAAUUGAGUUGGUAAAUCACAUGGCUUCUAAUGCAAGUGAAACAUUAAACCAUGUCACCACUAUAGGGAUCCCUAUAGCCACCAGCCUGGCCUUUCUCAACAGUUGCCUGAACCCUCUGCUGUAUGUGUUCAUGGGCCAAGAUUUCAUGGAUAAAGUCCGCAAAUCCAUCCUGAAUAUGUUGGAGACUGCCUUCCAGGAGGUGGUCUCUCGCUCUUAUACUUACACAAACUCAAUGGUCACAAGUCAGAGCAAAGAAAAAUCCGUUUCUGAUGCCGAGGUAUAA